AUGUGUCGGGUCCCGGGAUCCCGGAGAGGGAGAGCGAGAGCCAUGAGCCCCUGUGGCCUCGCGCGAGGCUCGUGGUCGGCGCUGCCAGGACUGCUGCCGCUGCUCUUUCUGCACGCGCUCUUUUGGCCUGGAGUGAUCCCCUGGAAGCUCACCAUUCUGCACACCAAUGACCUACACAGCCGGCUGGAGCAGACAAGCGAGGACUCCGGCAAAUGCUUCGAGGUUGCGAAGUGCGUGGGCGGCGUGGCCCGCCUGCACACCAAGGUCCGGGAGAUCCGCGGAGCCGAGCCCAAUGUGUUGCUGCUGGAUGCGGGAGACCAGUACCAAGGAACCGUCUGGUUCACCGUGUACAAGGGCGCCGAAGUGGCUCACUUUAUGAAUGCCUUGGGUUAUGAUGCUAUGGCCCUGGGAAAUCAUGAAUUUGAUAAUGGAGUAGAGGGAUUGUUGGAUCCACUACUUAAAAAAGUCAAGUUUCCAGUUCUGAGUGCUAAUAUUAAAGCCAUCGAGCCUCUUGCAUCUCAAAUAUCUGGAUAUUAUCAUCCAUACAAAAUUUUAACUGUCGGUGAAGAGAAAGUGGGAAUCAUUGGGUAUACUUCCAACGAGACACCUGUCCUUUCAAACCCAGGAAAAUAUUUAAAAUUUGAAGAUGAAAUCCCUUCCUUGCAGACCCAAGUGGAUAAACUGAGAACUCUCGGUGUGAAUAAAAUUAUUGCCUUGGGCCACUCAGGUUUUGAAAUGGAUAAGCUCAUUGCUCAAAAGGUGAAAGGAGUAGAUGUUGUAGUAGGAGGACACACAAACACCUUUCUCUAUACAGGCCGUCCACCUCCAUCCAAGGAAGUGCCUGCUGGAGACUAUCCAUUCAUCGUCACAGCUGAUGAUGGGCAGAAGGUCCCAGUUGUUCAAGCUUAUGCAUUUGGAAAAUAUCUGGGAUACCUAAAUGUCGAAUUUGACAAUGAAGGAAAUGUAGUUACAUCACAUGGAAAUCCUAUCCUCCUAAACAGCAGCAUCCAAGAAGAUCCAACCAUAAAAGCUGAUAUCGACAUGUGGAGGAUAAAACUAGACAAUUAUUCUAAGCAGGAAUUAGGGAAAACCAUUGUCUACCUGGAUGGCUCUACACAAUCCUGCCGCUUUAGGGAAUGCAACAUGGGAAAUAUGAUUUGUGAUGCUAUGAUUAACAACAACAUUAGACAUCCUGACGAAAAGACUUGGAACCAUGUUUCCAUGUGCAUCCUGAACUCAGGAGGCAUUCGAUCCCCCAUUGAUGAAAAGAACAAUGGUACAAUCACAUGGGAAAACCUGGCUGCUGUGUUGCCCUUUGGGGGCACUUUUGACCUAAUCGAGUUAAAAGGCUCCACUUUGAAAAAGGUCUUUGAGCACAGUGUACAUCGUCAUGGCCAAGGCUUUGGAGAGUUCCUGCAAGUGGGCGGCAUCCAUGUGGUGUAUGAUCUGAGAAAGAAACCUGGGCAGCGAGUUACUAGUUUAGAUGUCCUCUGUACCAAGUGCCGCGUGCCAACUUAUGUGCCUCUCCAAAUGGACGAAGUCUACAAGCUAGUCCUCCCCAACUUUCUCGCUGAGGGAGGGGAUGGAUUCCAAAUGAUUAAAGAAGAAUCUUUGAAGCAUGACUCUGGUGACCAAGAUAUCGAUGUAGUUUCUGAAUAUAUCAGCAAAAUGCAGGUGGUUUAUCCAGCGGUUGAAGGCCGCAUCAGCUUUUCUUCGGGCGGUCACCUUCGAGCAAGCCUCUUUAUCAUCUCUCUCACAUUUGUGGCAUUAAGUUUGGUUCUUUACCAGUAACUGGGUUGUUUGUUUGUUUGUUUUUAAUGAAAUUUAUAGGUGUAGGGGGGAAAGCCAAACAGAUUGCUCUGCAGGUAUAUUUUAAAAAUAUUGGA